CAUCUAUAUAUAGUUGUGUAAAAGGACCCGAAGGUAGAAAGUCGGAACUUCUAAGAUAAUUAAGUACACCAAGGUUAGGAGAGACAAAGAUACGACUGAAGGGUGUGAGACAAGUGUAUUGGUCUAGUGCUGGAGAUGAACUGACAACUGACAUGGAGCAAAACGGCUAAGACAAGGCUACACACUGUACAGUGUACACAGCAAGAGCAAGUCUGAGCAAGAUGAUGCAAGAACUGCUCCUAGCCCUUUUGGGAUGUGACGGUCCAAUAUUUAUUUCAAGCAAAUCACAUUACCAGAUCCAAAAUGGAGUGUUUUCUAAUUGGGAGGAGCCUCUGCUAUCCCGAGUCUUGGAGUUGGCAUCUCAUUAUUCAGAACUGCUCAGUUUCUGUAACAGGUGCAGUCAAGGAAAGGGACGUUACGAAACUGCCCUUGCUGCUGCCAUCUCUGAUGCUGUUCAACCCUACAAACGUGCCGUUGUGGAGCUGGAGCGGUCUGUCCUGAAAGACGAAUCUCUGUCAGUGACGCACGUCAUGACGAUGCUGCAGCCACACGCUCCAUUGCUGUCAUUCCUCGCAGGCCUCGUCAGGGAUGUGGAGGAGGGAGAUGUUCAUGGGUGCAAGAUCCUAGAAAUUGUUCAUCAAGAGUGUCGCAGUGCGGUGCACGACACUGCGCUUAUGAACAGGAUAGAGCAGAGUGUACACGGCGUGCUGUACGACCAGCUGACUCACUGGCUGCUCUACGGUGCCUUGCUGGAUCCUUACAAGGAGUUCUUCCUACAACCAAAA